CGGUUAAGAUGCACUUUCUAAAUUAACCAUAAAAUUAUUUUUUUUUAAUUUAACCUUAAUAUUUUAAUAAUAAAAAAUAAGAAGAAAAACAUGUGUAAUUCUUUUUAAAAAUAUAUGAUUUUUUUUUCAAUUUUAAAAAUAUCUUUUAAAAGGAGAGUAAAAAUAUUAAAAUGGAAAGAUAUAUUUUUGUAUGUAUCUUUAUUGGUUAAAAAUAAAAAAGUAAAGUGUUUCUCAAAAUAAAAAAGAAAUAAUAGAGCAAUAAAAAUGAUAUGAAAGAAGAAAAGAAGAAAUGAUAUUUUGUUUAUGAUCAUCAAUUUAAACAAGAGUUUUCUUUUAAAAGAAAAUUAUAAAUUGUAUGGAAUAGAAAUAAAAGAAAUUUUUAAUAAGUGUGUGCAAAGAAUAAAAGUUGAAAUAAAAGAAUCUAUAAAAAGGCAUGUCAAGGAAUAAUUAAUUAAAAAAUCAAUGAUAUCUAAAAUGAAAAAAGAAAAUUAAUUGCAUAAAGCCGUAUUAAUUUAAAAAUUAUUUAUUAAAAAAAAUUUUAUUAAAAAGAAAAAUUGGAAAGUUAAAGAAAAACAAAAAUUAUAUUAAAAAACAAAAUGGAAUGAAUAAAAAAAAUUAUAAUUAAAUUUAAUUUUAUUUUUAGUUGAAAUUAUUUUAAAUUUAAUUUAUUAAUAAAAAUACAAAAAAAAAAAAUUAAUUGAAGUUUAUAACAAUUAAACCGCUAUACCCGCUCAUUUACUAGAUAGAAAAAAUGGCUGAUAGAAAAAAAUUAUCGUUGUCGCCAAGUUCGGUACCGUCUUUGUCGUUACACCAUUUAUCGUCUUAUUUAACGUUUUCAUCGUCGUGCUAUUUAAAACGUAUCGUAUUUAAAUUAUCUUUGUUUUUACUAUUACUUACGAGAUCAAUAAAUGGACAAUGUACAUGGGAAUAUAUGCAAACAAAUGAAUUAAAAUGUCAUAUUAGAACAUUAGAUAAAUCGUUAGAUUUACAAGCAAUUAUUGAAACAUCACCGAAAAGACUGGAUAUACAAUGUAAUGAUGAUUUAUUAAAUCAAAGUGAAUUAAUACAAUCGCCGAAAAUAUUUUUGCGUUUAAAGACACUAAGUGAAUUACAGAUAAACUCAUGUAAAUUACAAAAAGUACCACAAAAUGCAUUUGAUGGUUUAUAUUCAUUAAAAAAAUUAAAAAUCUCUACAAAAAAUAAUCAAUAUGGACCAAAUAAAUUUUUAGAUUUAUAUCAAAUGUCAUUCACUAAUUUAAAUGAAUUACAAUAUAUAGAUUUAAGUGAAAAUAAUAUACGUCAAUUACCGGACGGUAUAUGGUGUCCAUUAGUUAAUUUAAAACAAUUAAAUUUAACAAUGAAUCGUUUAAAAUCAAUUGAAGAAAUUGGUUUAAAUGAUAGGAUUUGUAACGGCCAAUCUGGAUCUGAAUUGCAAGAAUUGGAUUUAAGUUAUAAUGAAUUGCGUUUAAUACCAGAUAAUCGUGCUAUAUCACGUUUGAGACGUUUGCAGCAAUUGAAAUUGCAAUAUAAUAAUAUAACGCAAAUUCAACCGGAUGCAUUUACUGGUCUAACAUCUUUGCGUAUGCUAAAUUUAAGUCAAAAUCAUUUAGAAACAUUACCAGCUGGUGCAUUCGCAAACAAUAGAGAAUUACGUGAAAUACACCUACAAAAUAAUGAAUUAUAUGAUAUACCAAAAGGUUUAUUUCAUCGUUUAGAACAAUUAUUAGUGUUAGAUUUAAGUGGAAAUCAAUUGACAUCGCAUCAUAUUGACAAUACGACUUUUUCUGGUUUAAUACGGUUAAUUGUGUUGAACUUAUCCCAUAAUGCAUUGACAAGAAUUGGUGGUAAAACAUUUAAGGAAUUAUAUUUCUUGCAAAUAUUGAAUUUACGUAAUAACUCUAUUGGCCAUAUUGAAGAUGGUGCAUUUUUACCUUUAUACAAUUUACAUACAUUAAAUUUAGCUGAAAAUCGUUUACAUACAAUCGAUAAUAGGUUAUUCAAUGGUUUGUUUAUUUUAUCGAAAUUAACAUUAAAUAAUAAUUUAAUAAACAAUAUUGAAAGCCAAGCUUUUCGAAAUUGUUCAUCUCUAAAGGAGUUAGAUUUAAGUUCAAAUCAAAUUGCUGAUGUACCAGAAGCAAUAAAAGAUCUUACAAUGCUAAAAACAUUAGACUUGGGUGAAAAUCAAAUAGCCGAAAUUUAUAACGGCUCGUUUCGUAAUUUAAACCAGUUAACAGGAUUACGGUUAAUUGAUAAUCAAAUUGGCAAUAUUACUAAAGGAAUGUUUUGGGAUUUACCUAAUUUAAAUGUACUUAAUUUAGCAAAAAAUCGUAUCCAAUCAAUUGAACUGAAUGCGUUUGAACGCAAUAAAGAUCUUGAAGCGAUCCGAUUAGAUAGAAAUUAUUUAACUGAAGUAAAUGGAAUAUUCGCAGCUCUGGCAUCACUCUUAUGGCUAAAUUUAUCAGAAAAUCACUUAGUUUGGUUUGAUUAUGCUUUCAUACCUAAAAAUUUAAAAUGGUUAGAUAUUCACGCAAAUUAUAUUGAAUCACUUGGAAAUUAUUAUAAAUUACAAGAAGAAAUCAGCCUUAAAACACUAGAUGCAAGUCACAAUCGUAUAACAGAAAUUGGACCAAUGUCAGUUCCAAAUACAAUUGAAUUACUUUUUAUAAACAACAACUUAAUAACAACAAUACAUCCCAACACGUUUGUUGAUAAGACAAGUUUAGUUAGAGUUGAUCUAUACGCAAAUACGUUAACGAAAUUGCAAUUACACACUUUGCGCGUAGCACCGGUACCAAAUGAAAAACCUGUUCCUGAAUUUUAUCUUGGUGGUAAUCCAUUCCAAUGUGAUUGUUCUAUGGAAUGGUUGCAACGUAUCAACAAUUUAACAACGCGGCAACAUCCAAAAAUUUUAGAUUUAGCAAAUAUCGAGUGCUUAAUGCCAAGUAGCCGUAAUGAACCAAUUAGGCCAUUGGUGUCACUAUCUUCAAAAGAUUUUGUGUGUAAAUAUGAAGCACACUGUCCAGCACUAUGUCAUUGCUGCGAUUUCGACGCUUGUGAUUGCCAAAUGAUAUGCCCCACCAAUUGUAGUUGUUUCCACGAUGCAACAUGGUCAACAAAUAUCGUUGAUUGUGGUAAACAAAAUUCAAACUUUGUUUUACCGGGUAAAUUGCCAAUGGAAGUUACAGAUUUAUAUCUCGAUGGUAAUAAUUUACCAAUAAUAUCAAACUUAUCAUUUUCCGGUAGAAGAAGCUUGAAAUCUCUUUAUUUAAAUUCUAGCAGUAUUGUCACAAUUGAAAAUCAAACUUUUAACGAUUUAAGUUUACUGCAAAUAUUACAUUUAGAAAACAAUGCGUUGCAAGUAAUUAAAGGAAAUGAAUUUUCAAGUUUGUCUCAUUUAAAGGAACUAUAUUUGCAUAAUAAUGCAUUGUCAUAUAUUGGAAAUCAAGCUUUUGAAUCGCUUAAAUCAUUAACAACAUUGAGAAUUGAUAAUAAUCGCUUAACUACAAUUCCCAUGACGCAAUUACAAGCGUUGCAAAACACUAACAAUUUACAGUUUAUGUCUUUGGGUCGAAAUUCAUGGAAUUGUAAAUGUAAAUUCUUACAAGAUUUGACGCAAUUUAUAGCAGACAAUAGUUUGAUUAUUCAAGAUGCCCAAGAUAUUUAUUGUGUCGACGGUAAUAUAAAGCGCGAGUUGGAUUUGAGUACAGCUGCGAAUAGCGUUGAAUGUACAGAAUAUGAAGGAUUAAAUAACGUAGCACCAAACCAAGACAUUUCUGGGGGCUACAUACCAUUGUUGAUUGCUGUUCUUGUUUUAAUAUUUUUAAUUGUUAUUUUAAUUGUUGUCUUUGUAUUCAGAGAAUCAGUACGAGUUUGGUUGUUUGCCCAUUAUGGUGUAAGAGUGUGUGAAUCACGUCUGGAAGAUGCUGGUAAAUUGUAUGAUGGAAUUAUAUUACAUUCCUCAAAAGACCAUGAAUUCGUAUGUAGAAAUAUUGCUAGUGAACUAGAGCACGGCAGACCUCCAUUCAGAUUAUGCAUACAACAAAGAGACUUACCACCAGAAGCUUCACAUCUGCAAAUAGUAGAAGCAUCGAGAGCUUCACGAAAAAUUAUAUUAGUUUUAACACGAAAUUUUCUGCAAUCAGAGUGGGUGCGUCCAGAAUUUCGCAGUGCCUUUCAUGAAGCUUUGCGUGGAUUACCUACGAAACUAGUUAUUAUUGAAGAAACUGAUGUAUGCGAAAUAGCUGAAGAAGUUUCCGAAUUAUCGCCAUACCUGAAAUCAAUGCCUUCGAAUCGUAUUUUAACAAACGAUCCAUAUUUUUGGGAAAAAUUACGUUACGCAAUCCCGAUUGAAUUAUCAUCUCGUGGAAAUAAUUAUACAAUUGACCAUCAUGAACGCUUUAAGCAACCAAUUAGCCCAGGUGUUAUAUUUAGACAAGCUCCACCACCUCCAGCUUAUUAUGCUGAAGAUAUUGAAGGGGGUAAUUAUUCAUCUGCGACAACUGCUACACCAAGCCCAAGGCUUAGUGCACGUCAUGCACGAAAUCAUAUGCAUUCCCGACAGAAUGAUGGUCAAACAAUACCUUUACGACCACCAUCCGAGCAUAUUUAUUCAAGUAUAGAAUCCGAAUAUAGCGUAUACGAUCAACAAGAAAAUUUAUCUAUGAUACCAAAUGGUUGUAGUAGUAGUAGCAGUGGCAAUACGAGCAGCACAAGUACGUCAGGAAUACCUUUAUCACCUCAACAACAACAACAUUUACUAUUAGUUGGUCACAAUCAACAACAAGCACAACAACAGCAACAAACACCUAGAAUUCAUUCUCAUCCAAAUCAACGUUUACCACAGCAAAUUAGUCAAGCAUCAAUAUGGCGUGCAAUGAAUUCAAAUAAUAGUCAUGGUCACAAAAUUACAAAUAAUUCUGGGAAUGUACAAUCUCAACAGCCUAGCCAAUCACAAAAGCAACAGCAACAGCAACAACACCAAUUAGAAAAUAUAAAAAAUUCAAUUGCAACAACAUCAGCACCUUCACCUACAUUUUCAACAACAAUGGAGGGUGGAAAUAUUUCAACGUUAAUUACAGAAACAACCGUUCAAAAUAACAAUAACAAUGGUAAUGUAAAUAAUAGUAGAAAUAAUAAUAUUAACAAUAAUAAUAACAGCAGUAACAAUAGUAAUAAUAGUAAUAAUUUUGGUGUUAAACCAUUUCUAGUGUGAAAAUAAAUAAGAAAAAAUAGUGAUUUAAAAAUAUAUUAUAAUAUAGAAGAAUCAUAUGUGUAAGAUAUAUGCACACAUAUUAUGUACGUAUGAACUUAUGUACCUACAUAAUAUAAUAAUAAAUAGAUUUGUGUACAAAAUAUACAUAUUGUAUAAUAUAUGCAAUUAGCAAUAAUGUAAAAAAAUGCAUGUGUAUUUUUGUAAUCCUAUUAAAAAAUGCAUAGUGCAACAUAAAACAUUAAAAAACUAAGGAAAAAUGAGUUCACUAAAUCGAAAAAGAAUAAAAAACAAAUAAUAACAAUAGGUACAAAAAUAAUUGUUGAACGUGAGAGUUACGUUUUAAUUUUUUUAUUUUUUUCUGUUUUCUUUUUUGUUAAAUGUACGCCAAUUUUAAUGUACUGUAACAGAAAAAAACUAUAGUGUUAUAUAUACAAAUUUGUAGACAGAGUUUUAAUGCCGGUCGGUACAUUGAAGUACAUAAACAUGCUAUAUACAUUAAUACUGCGUAUGUUUAUAGUUUACAUAAAAUUAUAAAAGAAGGAGGCGAUGUGAAAGGAGAACCUAACGUCAAAUUCAAUAACUAAAAUAGAUUGUCAUGUCAUUGCCAUUUUAUACAUAUGUAUACGUGGUUUAUUUUUAUGUUUAUUCUUUUAUUUUGCUUAUUGUUUUUGUACUUUUUAUGUUCAAAUAGAAUUAAUUACAUUUCAAAUUUACUUUUAUGCUUACCACACACAUAAAAUUAAUUAACUUGCAAUCUAGUAAAAAUUUGGCAUUUUUUUUUUCCUUUUUCUUCUUUUAUACUUUUAUUC